GCCUCUCAUCUGUGUAGCAACAAACAAUGAAAUUGUGUAUGAAUUUGUUUUAAAAAAGUAGUUGUUUCCAGAUCUUAUGCCCAAGGCUGAUAACAGAAACAGUCAUGGUGAUACCAAUAAUGACAAUAACAGUUAUAUUAGUAGUAGCAGUGAUGCACCACUGUUUGGAGAUGGUCAUGAUUCUGACACAGACAAUGAUUGGAAUUCUUGUGGUGACAAUGAUGAAACCAGUGAGGCUUCUUCAGGUUGGUUGGUUGGUUUAAAGAUUGAAGGGACCAAACUACAAAGAUCAUCGGUCCCACUUCUUCAGAUGACACAGAAGAAGAAGCAGAACGAAGACCUGGUCAAAUUGAGGACUUGCCGGCCAAUGGUAUUGCCCCUGAACCUCAGCCCAGGAACAAAGGGAAAGAAGGGAGCACACCAGGAAAUCUCAGAAGAGGAAGAAAUUGAGGAACAUAGGACAGGCUUAUGUUGAUCGUUAUAUGACGCUGCAUGGGGCUAGAAAGUUACAUGAAUACGAUCACCUAUGUAAGUACAAAUGUAAUGAAACUAUUCCCCAUGAGCAGAAGGAAGUAAUAUUUAGAGUUAUUGGAAACUAAGUAGCUGGGAACUUCAGACAUCGUUCUUGAAUGGUACCAUAGACAUACAGCCUGUGUUGAGGAAGAAAACCAGUUGUUGUGCACAAAGACACAUCAUGUAUUGAUAAACUAAAUGGUUUUAGAGUGUUCAAACCCUUUUUUGUAAAAACGCUUGACAUAUCUAACAAAAGGAUAAGAAAUGUUAUCAUUAACAAAAAAUCAAACCCAUCUGGCAUUUCACCAUGUGACAAACAGGGAAGGAAGGAGCCCUCAAAUAAAAUUCCAGCAAACAGAAUUGCAAUAAUCAAGGAGCAUAUAGGAAGAUUCCUGAUGUACUCAAGCCAUUACAGUAGAGCAAGAGCUCCAAACCAAAAAUUCUUACAAAGACAAAAAAGUGAAACCUGAAAAUGAAAGUUUGUACAGACAUAUAUUCAGGACAGAAUUUAACCUAAGCUUUUACAGGCCUCAUACUGAUACCUUUGUAAUUAGUGACAGGUUGCAAAUGAAAAGUGUACAUGGUACGCCUGAUGGAAAAAAGGCAGCUGGAGUUUAAAAAGAAUUUCAUCUCAGGAAGACAGAAGCAGGAAAAGAAGCCAAAAGCAAAUGCAAGGAAUUAAAGGACGACAACCACGUUGAAAUAUGCUUUGAUCUUCAAAAGACGUUGCCAACACCACAUGUGACAAAUCGACAGCCUACUAUAUACGACAGUUGUGGACAUACAACUUCAAUAUUCACAACUUAACCAGUGGUACUGCCCAUAUGUUUAUGUGGCAUGAAGGAUAGGCAAGUAGGGGUUUCCAGGAGAUAGGAUCUUGCCUGCUGAAGUAUAUCCAGAGUCUUCAUCACACUGUGAAGCACAUCUCAGCCAUCAGUGACAGCUGUGGAGGCCAGAACAAGAGCCAUCUAAUAGUAAAAUUUUGGUGUUAUAUUGUUACAAACACCCAAAUUGAAACUGUUGAUCACUAUUUCCUCAUUUCUGGACAUUCAUACAAUGAAUGUGAUCAGGACUUUGGGAUCAUUGAACUUAAAAGAAAGAGGAACCAAUGCGACAUUUAUAUACUGGAAGACUGGAUGAAUCUGGCUGCUGCAGCAAGUCAAAAAUUUGUUGUUAUGAAAAGACGGAUGAGGGCUUCAUUGAUCUGCAACCACUAAACUGGUACUUUAGGAAGUCUGUGCCAGGGAUAUGAGGAAUGCAGGUACUUCUUUUUGAAAGGGGAAACCCAAAUACCCUUCUUUAUAAGACAUCAGCUGAAGGUAUUCUGCCUUACCAGAAACUGCCAAUGGGAAAAAAAAGAACAGGAAAAAUGCCUAAACAAUGUCUCAGUCUUCAAUCCACUGCUGUGAAGCCAAAGCUAACAUACACAAAAUAUGAAGACCUGAUGGAAGUUCUGCAAUUUGUGCCACUGAUACACCACCAAUUUUGUAAAAAUUUAUUCCAUGAAACAAAGACUGGUGAACCAUUUAAGCCUAGCACUCAUGUGGAUGAUGAUGAUGAUGGUGAUGAUGAUGUCACUACGGACUUGUAUAACAUCUAUGUGUAACAUGUAUGACAUAGUUAAUGACUGUGAUAUAUAUUUAUAAGUGUUAAACCCGAAUAUUUGUAUUUUGUAAAUCA